AUGAUUUCUGUUUGCUUCGUAUUCCUCCUACUAGGAUACUCGGCAAGUUCCUUUUCGCUCAACACAUUGCCAAAGUCGCUCUCAUCAGCAACAAAAAUCCAAUCUACACCAUCGACUUCUGGCGUCGAGCUGUCAAGAAACAACGACCUGAAAGCAUCAAAGGAAUGGGAAUUGGAUUGUUACAGUCGGCCUGUUGUCGCUGUUGGGGGAAAAAAAUUGUGGGAAGUCCUGAUUACGGACUCCUCUGGGAGCUUUCGCUUUCUAAAAACGCUGCCAUCGAACCAGGUGAAUUCUAAAGAACUGCGAAAGACAAUCGAAGAUCUUAUCGAAGAAUCAGAUGUGAAGCCCAAUACUAUCCGAUUUUUCCGCGGAGCUAUGUUCAACAUGAUUAAUAUUGCACUUUCGGAUUUGGACGUCGUUGGAAAACCGUCUCGCUGUGCAUAUUCAGUCGCUCAAUGGUUAGAAGAACGACAUCGCGAUGUGUAUCCCAAAAUGGAAGGAUACAAGUCAACAAUGGCUGGUGGUCUAACUGGGCCAUCAUUUUUAGAUGUUCGUACACCAAUCAAGCUUCCAGAUGCUUUGAGAGGAGAAAAAUACGCCUUCGUUGCUCUUCCACUUGCCGAAUUCCUUCCUGGUGGAGGCGUGACUGAAGAAAACGUUGGUGUUGGAAAACUGUGCCCCGUUGACCCCACAUUACCUGCUGAUGCCUUUGUGCAAGGAGUUGUAGUUCUCACCCAACGUCCGGAAGCUUUGGCUUCUUGGCUGGCUGGAACUGAAGUUGCUGGGCUUUCUUGCGAUCUACGCAAAAGGAACUUAAUCAUGGAGACUGAUAUUGAUACGCAAUAUUUAAUGGCUAAAUUGAACGAUGUGCAAAGAGAAGAAGGCGCUGCUUUCAUGGAAGGAAAAGAUGCUCUAAGUGGCCUUCACUUUAUCUGUGUGCAACGAGACGAGGAUGACGACCCCGCUGGUUUCUGGUUGAUUCGCGAGCUUCCCACUGGAAUAUAA